GAAUAUCAAAGUGUUUUACGGGUCGGAGGAGCCAAUCAGAUUUCUGUUUGAGGAUCAGGAUUUGAUGAUGAUCUGUUGCCUCCAAACUCUGCUGCUGUUGGGGGCUCAGCUGCUUCUCUCCCUGGCUGCCCCCACACUCCCAAACAACUUCUUCUACCACGACUACCUCAAGGGAAAUGGCAACAAAGAAAUUCAUUUCAGUGGCGUGAAGCUCCACGUGGACUCUGCUCAGCCAUCAGUGUUUGCGGUCAGAGGGGGCAAUGCCACUAUGCCGUGCAGGUUUUGGUAUGAGCCCGAGUUGAGCUCGCCAAGGGGGGUCCGGGUCAAGUGGUCCUGGCGGCCUGCUGCUGGGGGACAUGAGACAGACGUGCUGGUGGCCGUCGGCCUCCGCAGUCGUAGUUUUGGGGCCUUCAGGGGCCGUGUGCAGCUCAGACAGGAUUCCCCAGGAGACGCUGCGCUUGUGAUGAGUAACCUCCUGUUGAAUGACACAGGAAGUUACCACUGCGAGGUGGUGGAUGGACUGGAGGACAGGAGCACUUCAGUCAAUCUGGAGUUACGAGGGGUGGUGUUCCCCUACCAGCACCCUGGUGGUCAUUACCACCUCAGCUUCCCAGGAGCCCAGCGGGCCUGUGAGGAGCAGGACUCCACACUGGCCACCUUCACACAGCUCUUCCAGUCCUGGAAGGAGGGCCUGAACUGGUGCAAUGCAGGCUGGCUGGCCGAUGGGACGGUCCAGUACCCCAUCACCCGGCCCAGAGUGCCCUGCGGCGGCCACGCUGUAACCCCGGGUGUCCGGAGCUACGGUCGACGGCACCUGCACCUUCAUCGCUACGAUGUCUUCUGCUUCUCCUCUUCACUCCGAGGGAAGGUCUACUAUCUACAGCCCUCUCACAAGAUGAACCUGACUGAGGCUCAGCAGGCGUGUCAGGAGGACGGAGCAGAGAUCGCCAAGGUCGGACAGCUCUACGCCGCCUGGAAACUAACAGGGCUGGACCACUGUGACGCCGGCUGGCUGUCCGAUGGAAGCGUUCGGUAUCCCAUCACUAAGCCACGAAUACACUGCGGUCCCUCUGAGCCCGGGGUGCGCAGCUUUGGCUUCCCACCUCCUCAGCACAAGCACGGAGUCUACUGCUACAAGUCAGGUGGUUAAUUGAAAAGAUCCCUCCUCUUCUGUGGAGUCAGAAAUGUAAAGUCGCCACAUGGUUACUUGAAAACUUG